AAGUUCCUUUAAAGCCACGAACAAAACCCACUCCACCGAGUCUAACCCACGAACAAAGCCAUUUCCCCAAAACCCUAAUGGCAGAAGAAACCGCUCCCGAAAUCGUUGAUCCCAACACCGCCGCCGCCGCCGCCACCACCGUAGACAUGGAAGUCGAAAACGUCAGUGAGUCCAAAGAAAAGCGAACAAGGGAAGAAGAAGGAGAAGAGGAACCCAAAGACGACGUCGUUUCGAAGAAGGCUAAAGUAGACGAGGAAAAAUCAGUUGAAGAAGAAAGGUUGGAGAAGUUGGAGAAAAACGAAGGUGAUGUAAAAGAUGAAAAGGAAGCUUCUGGUGAUGUGAAAUUGGGACCCAAAACGUUUGGUUCUUCUUUGGAUAUGUUUCAUUACUUUCACAAAUUUCUUCAUGCUUGGCCUCAGAAUCUCAAUGUUAACAAGUAUGAGCACACGAUGUUGCUGGAAUUGCUCAAGAAUGGGCAUGCAGAACCUGAUAGAAAGAUUGGUGUAGGGAUUUGUGCCUUCCAAGUUCGCGACCACCCUCGUUAUAACAGUAGGUGCUAUUUCCUCAUCAGGGAAGAUGACACCGCUGAUGAUUUCAGCUUCCGAAAGUGUGUGGAUCAUAUAAGUCCCUUGCCAGAAGAGAUGCAAUUGAAAUCUGAGGGGAACAAGAAGUUUGGUGGUGGUGGAGGAAAGCAUCAUGGAGGAAAUGGUGGCAGAGGAAGGGGUGGAAGAGGAGGUUGGCGCGGUGGUGGUGGUCGUGGAAGAGGGGGAAGGGGGAGAUAUUGAUUACAAUAGUUACUGGUGGUUAGUGUUUUAUUGAGAUCUAAAAAUGUUAUGUACACUUGGCUGGUCUAUUUCAUGUUUCCUGCUAAUUACUUGAUAAUUAUGAUUUUGGCACUAUGGUUAUUUAUAAUUUAUGAAAGUUUUGGGUUAUAUCA